GUGCGUGCAUCCUUGAUAACGUCAGGCGGGGGUGGUGUGGUGGCCGGGAAAAGCGCACGCGGCCGUCGCCACCCUGCAGCAUUCCGCACGUCCUUUGAGAUAAUAGAUAGCACGCCGAUUUAGAAAUUAUUCGAGAUAAAAUCACAAAAAACAGUUGCAGCAACUUCUAUUGUUAUUCCCACAACCGACUACGCAUUUUUCCCACCCAAAACCUCAAAUCCCCCUGUUUGUUGAAAACCUCAAGCCAUGGAGGAGUCGUGCUGCACUUGCGCGACCCUCCUAUCCGACAGCCGCCGCCGCCGCCGCCGCCGCCACCAACACCGAACGGCCGACGACGACAACCAAGACAGCGACGACAGCGCCGGAGCCCUGGACGAGAAGCAGCUGUCGGAAAAGGACGACGAGGUGCCCGACAGGAGGCUGGAGUGCUGCGCGCGCGUGAUUUGCGGGCACUGUCUCGACAAAAACGUCCGGUUCGCGACAUACUGCCCCUACUGCCAGAUCGCCACUGAGGGCCACGACCUCAGCAUCCCGUCCGCUGGGCUCCGGAACCCACCGUCGUACGGGGCGGCGACGACGACGACGACGACGACGACGACGACGACGGCGGCCGCCAAGAAGGAAACUCCACCACAGCACCAACACCACCACCACCACCGCCGCCCGCUCACGCCGCCGCCGCCGUACACGACAGCCGCCCCCACACCACCGACCAAGGCCGACGACGACGACGGCGACGACAAGACAGCACCACCGCCGCCGCCGCCGCCACCACCACCACCCCAAGACGUCCUCCACUACCUCGACCACGCCCGCGACACCAUCCCCUCCCUCUCGCUGCGCUACAACAUACCCGCCGCCGCCCUGCGCCGCGCCAACCGCCUGCCCAGCGACCACCUGCUGCCCGGCCGGCGCGUCAUCGUCAUCCCCGCUGCUGCCUCCGCAUCAUCCCCGUCAUCCACCCCCACCACCACAACAACAGCAACAACAACAACAACAACACCACCACCCCCACCCCCACCGUCGCUCCAGUCCCUCAGCCCCCACCCCGUCGAGGGCGCGGCCGAGGAGCACCGCAAGGCCAAGGUCCGCCGCUGGAUGGUGGCCUGCCGCGAGGCCGACUACGACGUCGCCCUGCUGUACCUCGACCAGGCUGCCUACGACCUCGACGCCGCCGUCGACGCCUACUUUGCCGACGAGGCCUGGGAGCGGGACAACCCGCUGCAGGCCGGCGGCGGCGGCGGCGCGAGGGGGAGGAUGGGGAAGGGGAGGAAGGGCGCGGGCGGGCAGUCGCCGUCGUCUGCUGCUCUAGGAGAGUCCGGGUCGUCGUCGUCGGCGUCGGCGUCGGCGCCAUCAGCUGAAGCAGCAAUAGCGUCUUCCUCCGCCGGCCGCCUGGGCUUCGGCGCCGCGGCCCCCGGCGAGGGCGGCUGGAUGUGGGCCGCGCAGGCGCCUUUCCUCAGGCGGGGGCGCAAGAAGGACCAGUCGGGUCCGACACCAUGAACACAACACACCAAACAAGAUAUACUCCUUGGCUGGCCACGAAGUUCAAAGCCAUCAAAGGCCCCCCGUCUUGUCAUGUCCCAUGAAUUAUAUAUCUAGAUACACAAGGCAGCCACAUAGAAAUACCAGACGCCGUUCGCCUGCUGACCUGUGUGUGCGCAAGACCGUAUUACUUCCAAAGUCCAAAUAAAUUCAACAUCACCC